AGCCCUUCCCGCCGCCCGGCUCCUCCCAAGAUGGCGGCGGCCCCGCCCCGCGCGGGCGGUUUCCCGGAGCCCGUCCCCCGGCGGUGGGGUGUAUGACCGCCUCGGUGCGGGGAGAGGGUGGUGGCCAGGCUCGGGGGCGGCAGGCCGAGUGGAGGGCGCUGGGAUACUUGUGAAAGAUGGUGGAUCGCUUGGCAAACAGUGAGGCUAACACUAGAAGAAUAAGUAUAGUGGAAAACUGCUUUGGAGCAGCUGGUCAACCCCUGACUAUUCCUGGUCGUGUUCUGAUCGGAGAGGGAGUACUAACAAAGCUGUGUAGGAAGAAGCCGAAAGCAAGGCAGUUCUUCCUGUUCAAUGACAUCCUUGUUUACGGCAAUAUAGUCAUCCAGAAGAAGAAAUACAAUAAACAGCACAUAAUCCCACUGGAAAAUGUCACUAUUGAUUCCAUCCAGGAUGAGGGAGACUUACGGAACGGGUGGCUUAUCAAAACACCAACAAAGUCUUUUGCUGUUUAUGCUGCCACUGCUACAGAGAAGUCUGAGUGGAUGAACCACAUUAAUAAGUGUGUUUCUGAUUUACUUUCCAAAAGCGGGAAGACCCCUAGCAAUGAACAUGCAGCUGUCUGGGUACCGGACUCGGAAGCCACUGUGUGCAUGCGCUGUCAGAAAGCAAAAUUCACGCCCGUCAACCGUCGUCACCACUGUCGCAAGUGCGGCUUUGUCGUGUGUGGGCCUUGCUCUGAAAAGAGGUUCCUGCUCCCAAGCCAGUCCUCCAAGCCUGUGCGGAUUUGCGACUUCUGCUACGAUCUUCUUUCUACCGGGGAGAUGACUGCUUGCCAGGCCCCUAGAUCAGACUCCUACAGCCAGUCACCUAAAUCAUCUCUAAAUGAUGUAUCUGAUGAUGAUGAGGAUGAAGACAGUAGUGACUGAGGACCAGAUGUUUUUUUCCCAUGUGUUGCAAUUUCUUUCAAACCGUAUGGAGCUGCUUUUGGGGAAGUCUGUAGUGAGGUUCCUCAGAAAAAAAUCCUUUUCUAGCCAUAAAAUACGCCUGAAUAUCUUCAAUUACAAUGUGCCUCAAUCUAUGAAUUCUCUAGACAAUAGUUUUUUCACUCCUCUGCAGGGAUAGGCUGUUGCAAAUGUUAUCAGAGUAUUUUCCAACUUCUUAUACUUGAGUUGUGUCUAGGUUAGACUUUUGUGGAAGAUUGGAGAAUAAAAUGUACUUUCUUAAUUUAACAACCGAUACUUCCUAAUGCUUCAUAUUGCUGUGUUGUUAAGUGGGAUUUUUUUUUCCGGAUAUGGAGAGGAAAACUAAGCAUGCAUGGAACAGUGAUGUUUUGGUUAAACCUUUAUAUCAUCUUGUGUUUAUCUAACCAUGGUAUAUAAUGAGUUGAAAUGUGACAUAACAUACAAUCCUAAAUGUCACAAAACGUGGAAAUUGUCUUGUUUAGCUCUUAUUUAUGACUUCCUAUGCCAAGCAGUGCCUUGUACCAAUUGUGCUGAUUCAGGAAGAAACAUAUCUAUUGUGUUGUCUGUAUUUGCCUGAUGCUGAUACCUUGAGAGAUUGUUGGUGCUAUUGAAAAUAACUGCUGUGUUCAAAGUGGAGCUUUGACAAGGUCAUAACUGUACCGAGUGGUGGGUGAUGAAGACCUGAAUCACACAUCCUCACCUGUGCAGGCAGACCCCAAGACUCCGUUGAUUCCCACAGGCUGCAGCAGGGUUCUCCUAGCAGGAGUUGCAUUGCAGGUCAGGAUCUUGAGAUGGGAAGCUUAGUGUGGCUCUUCAUGGGGAUUUAUAUAUUUUAUUUUCAGAGCAGUUUCUAAGUUUCAAAUUUGGCAAAUGCAUUCUGAAAUUUUAGCGGGGUGGUAGAGCAUUUGGAUGUGAUAGCCUGUAUAUUUUUGGAAGUAGCUCCCUAAAAUAACACUAAAUUGUUUCUUAAAACAUUGAGGAGAGGGUCAGGUUUCCCCCAUCCCCCAGGAGUUUUAUUGGCUUGUUUAGAAAGAGCCUCAUUAUUUUGAACCAAAAGCCUGCAAGUAUCCUUAUAAAAAUUGGCUUUCCUUUUUACACAGCUGACCUCAGGAUAAAUGUGAGAUGCUUGUUAUUUCAUUCUAAAUGUAUACCCAGGACCAAGAAAGAUGUAUUUAAGAACUGUAAUGAAGUUGUCAGUGCAGAAAAUAUCUGUAAUAAUAUUCAUUUUUAUUUUUAAUAAGUUCUUGUAUACAGAAAUGUCAUGUUCCCAUAUAAAUGUCAAAGUUAGAUUUGCAAAGACAUGUUAAACCCCCAAAUACUAUGUUUCUAUAUUUUUAUAAUGGUAGUAUCAAUUUUGAAGCAGAAAAACCUCUUUGAAAUAGUUGUAUGAAUGUACAACUGACUUUAUAAAAAGUUACACUUUUAUAUCUCUGAGUGACAGUUCUGCACUGUUUGCCUUGGUUGGCAAUAAUUGGGUUAAAUAUUUAUUGAAUAAACAAUCAAUGCUGCA